AGAAUUGAUUGUGGGUUUCUCUCUCCUCUCGGAGUAUGUGUGUGUAACAUUUGUAACGAUGAAAACAUGGAGUGACAUUAAUACCCGCAGAACUGGUUAAAUGGAUCAACUCCAACACAAUCCCAAACACAAAUAGAAAUUUAGAGAGAGAAAGUAGUAAGAAAACGUGAUCUCAUUGAUGAAAGAGAGAGAAUGCUAGAGAGAGAAGCGAGGGAAAUAUGAUCACAGUCAGAGAGAGAAAGUAAGAGAGAUGUUAAUGGGAAAUAAGGAAGCUGCUCGAUCCCUUUUGAUUAAUACUGGAAACCCCACAGAUCUACGGCGAAAUUUACGAGUCAGCCACUGCGUAAAAGCCUGGACCUAAAGCAAAAGCUCUGCAAUCUCUUUCUCUCUCUUCACCUGUUGUUUCUCUUUCUUCCUCUCUCUAAAUGGCUUCCUCCGAUAAAAAGCAAACGCCGACCUUUGAUCAUGCCUUGAAAUGACCGCAAGGAGAUCCCUGCAUCUUCUGACGACUCCACAUUCUCCACACAUGCAAUUGAUUUUUCUCGCACUAUCCUCUCUCCUUUCUCUUUCUUAUUUUGAUCACAUCUUCUGCUUUUCUGGGUGGAAGGAAAUGGAGUUUUGGUUUCAAUUUGUUUCCUGCUUCAAAUGCGCCUCGGCUUCUGAGCUUUGAGCUCUUUCAAUGAUGGUUUAUGGUUGAAAACUAGGGUUUGGAUCUCUCAAUUUGAAUAUGGCCCUGUUUCGAAAGUUUUUUUACAGAAAGCCACCUGAUGGGCUCCUUGAGAUCUCUGAGAGAGUCUAUGUGUUUGAUUGCUGCUUUUCCACUGAUGUUUUGGAAGAAAAUGAGUACAAAGUCUACAUGGGGGGAAUCGUCAGACAGUUGCAGGACUAUUGCCCCGACGCCUCUUUCAUGGUCUUUAACUUUAGAGAGGGAGAGAGGAGAAGCCAGCUCUCCGACAUUCUCUCUGAGUAUGACAUGACGGUAAUGGACUACCCUAAACACUAUGAGGGGUGCCCCAUGCUCCCACUGGAGAUGAUCCAUCAUUUCUUGAGGUCGAGUGAGAGUUGGCUCUCUCUAGAAGGCCAACACAAUGUGCUUCUUAUGCAUUGCGAGAGAGGGGGAUGGCCAGUUCUGGCAUUUAUGCUUGCAGGUCUCCUUAUUUACCGGAAACAAUACACUGGGGAGCAAAAGACAUUGGACAUGAUAUACAAGCAAGCACCCAAGGAACUCUUACAACUAUUGUCUCCAUUAAGUCCAAUGCCUUCUCAGUUGAGAUAUCUCCAAUAUGUUUCAAGAAGGAAUGUGGGUUCAGAAUGGCCUCCUUUGGAUAGGGCCUUAACUUUGGAUUGUGUCAUCUUGAGGAUUCUUCCAAAUUUUGCUGGAGAAGGGGGGUGCAGGCCAAUAUUUCGGAUUUAUGGACAAGACCCAUUUAACAAUUCUGAUCGAACUUCGAAGGUGCUGUUCUCCACGCCAAAGAAGAGCAAGAAUGUUCGGCUUUACAGACAGGCAGACUGUGAAUUAGUGAAAAUAGACAUUCAUUGCCACAUUCAAGGUGAUGUUGUACUAGAGUGUAUACAUUUGGAAGAAGAUCUCGAGCGUGAAGAGAUGAUGUUCCGAGUCAUGUUCAACACUGCAUUUAUUAGGUCGAACAUUUUGAUGCUCAACCGUGAGGAGAUUGACAUAUUAUGGAAUGCCAGGGAUCGUUUUCCUAAGGACUUUAGGGCAGAGGUUCUUCUCUCUGAUACAGAUGCUGCUGCUUCUGAUAUUACCACAGAGGCAGAGGUUGUGGAGGAAAAGGAAGGCCUUCCAAUGGAAGCAUUUGCUAAGGUGCAAGAAAUCUUUAGCAAUGCAGAAUGGCUUGAUGGAAAGGGUAAUGUUGCCAUUAACAUUCUUCAGCAAAUGACAUCCUCAGAUGCUCUCCAACAGAAGUUGAAAACUGGUGCUCUACAACCGAACCUGGAGAGUGCUGCUUCAAAGCAACACAUAGGUUCCAAGGUUCUUCAAGAGAAACCAAAAUCUGAUGCGAUGGAAGUCAAAACUGAGAGACCACCAUCCUCAGUUUUGCAGAAACAGUCUGUUUCCCCAAAUAAUUCAUUCUUGGCAUCUGGUUUAACCAAACAACAUAAGGUUCAACCACAGGAAUUGAAGUCGGCACUUGCAUGCUCCCCUCAACCAAAGACCAUAUCCAGACGUAUGCCCCAAUCUUCUCUCUCGAGCCCGGGGUCUCAUAGUAAUUCUCUUCCCAGUUCACCUCAACCCACUUCAAGAUAUCACAGCGCCCCUGCAGUUCUUGGCAUUACAGCUCUUCUCCAUGAUCAUGCUGCAAAUAGAACCUCAGAAGAUCCUGGGAUAUCUGCUGUUCCCUCUGUAUUAGGUGGUAAUUUGAAUGUAAAGGGUGUAAAUGCCUCACCACUAGAUUCAAGAACCACUGCCCCGUUAACAUCAUGUGCUUCUUCCCCUUCAAUUUCAACUUCCAUUGCUUCAUCUUUAACUGAAACCGCCAAGCCUGCAAGUCUUCCAUCCUCCUCUCCUCCCCUUGCAUCUCCACCGCCACCAUCAACGGGAACUGAAUCAAAAACUUUUCUAGGUCGUCGUCGUCCUCCUCCACCACCACCACCACCACCUCCACCACCACUACCUCCCUCGUCGGCUUCACCCCAACAAUUUGCAUCUUCAAAACCGGCACCACCGCCCCCUCCUCCUCCUCCUUUCCGUCAAGGAAUUGCAUCACCUGAGAGCCAUUUUUCGUCAAACGUUCCAUCCGCCCCACCUCCUCCACUUUCUAACUUUGGAUCUUCAUCCACCAAAGCAUCAGUUUCUACACCGCCACCACCUCCUCCACCACCUAUGAGAGUGGGUACAGCCUCAUCAGCCCCAUCUCAUCCCCCUCCACCUCCUAUGAAGUCAUCUAUGGUAGUUGCUCCUCCUCCUCCUCCUCCACCUCCUUGUCGGCAUGGUGCAUCUCCACCAGCAGCACCUCCUCCUCACUCAACACCCAAUGCAUCAAGGCCCGCUUCUCACAACCCUCCAUUGACACCUCCUCCUCCUCCUCCUCCUCCUCCUGGGGGGCGGACUCCUAUAUCUCAAAUGUCCCUGAGAGAAAUUGGUGUUGGUUCUUCUCAAUCUCUUUCUGUCGGUGCUAAAGGCACAGUGGGUGCUUAUUCGUCACAUGGUGAUGGAACCAGUUCAUCAGCCCCUGCACUUGGUGUUAGAAAGGGAUUUGCUCGUGGUUUAGGGAAUGCUCAAUCGACAAAGAGGACCUCACUAAAGCCUCUACAUUGGGUGAAAGUAACGAGAGCAAUGCAAGGAAGCUUGUGGGCAGAGGCACAAAAAUUUGAUGACGGUACCAAAGCUCCUGAGUUCGAUAUGUCGGAACUUGAGAGCCUUUUCUCAGCCGCUGUGCCGAAUUCUGAUCGUGGUGGUUCCGGUGAAAAGUCAAGUCGACGUGCCUCUCUUGGACCCAAAUCUGAUAGAGUUCAUCUGAUCGAUCUACGCCGGGCGAAUAAUUGUGAAAUUAUGCUGACAAAAGUCAAAAUGCCUUUGCCCGACCUGAUGAGCGCUCUGCUUGCCUUGGAUGAUUCGGUUUUAGAUGUUGAUCAGCUUGAUAACCUAAUAAAAUUUUGCCCUACUAAAGAGGAAAUGGAAUUACUCAAGGGCUACAAUGGUGAUAAAGAAAGCUUAGGAAAAUGUGAGCAGUUUUUCUUGGAGUUGAUGAAGAUACCCCGAGUAGAAUCAAAGCUUCGAGUCUUUUCCUUUAAGAUCCAGUUCAGUUCCCAGGUUUCAGACCUCAGGAAUAAUUUGAAUAUUGUGAAUUCUGCAGCUGAAGAGAUCAGGAAUUCUGUCAAACUGAAGCGAAUAAUGCAAACAAUCCUUCAACUUGGAAAUGCUUUGAAUCAGGGAACUGCAAGGGGUUCUGCUAUUGGAUUCAGGUUGGAUAGCCUUCUAAAACUAACAGAUACCAGAGCACGCAACAACAAAAUGACUCUCAUGAAUUAUCUUUGCAAGGUUCUUGCUGAUAGGCUACCAGAACUUCUAGAUUUUCACAAGGACCUUUUCAGCUUGGAAGUUGCAUCGAAGAUACAAUUGAAGUCUUUGGCUGAAGAGAUGCAAGCCAUAAGCAAAGGAUUGGAGAAGGUUGAACAAGAACUUACAGCAUCUGAAAAUGAUGGUCCUGUAUCAGAGAACUUUCGUAAGACCUUGAAAGGUUUCCUGGUUGUUGCUGAAUCUGAAGUUCGGUGCUUGACUUCACUAUAUUCUGGAGUAGGUAGAAGUGCAGAUGCACUUGCUCUUUAUUUUGGUGAAGAUCCUGCACGCUGCCCUUUUGAACAAGUUGUUUCCACUCUCUUGAAUUUCGUGAAAAUGUUUGUGCGUGCUCAUGAGGAGAACUGCAAGCAAAUAGAGCUCGAGAGAAAGAAAGCACUCAAGGAAGCUGAAAGCGAGAAGAUGAAAGUCUCUACUCCAAAGAGAGACACUGAACAUGUAAUGAGGUCCCCUAUUCGGAGUGGCAACUUUAAGUAGCGAUCAUCUUUCUUGUUUGCUGAAAAGAUACACACACCAAGUUAUGAGAUUUGCCCUUCUGGCUUCUCAUUUUGAUUUUUGAGUGUGCUCCAGCCGACAAGCAGUGGAGAUAGAGGAAACACACCAUAAAGAAAGCCUAUUCCAAAGUGCUCACGAAUUAUAGUGCUUAAGAUUGGGGUUUCUUGAUAGCCAUGAUAAACUCAGGUGAAGGAAAUUAAAGAAGUGUACAUGUGAGGAUAGACAAACUUUUUCUAGUUCUAUGUUGUGGUUUAGCCGGCCUCCUUUGUAUUUUAUGAGAGGAAGGUCAGUGGAUCACCAUCGGAGCCAUUUUGUAAGAUAUUCUCUUAACCCAAAUUCUUCAUAUUGUAAAGUUUUUCUUAGAUAAAUAGUUUUCUCUUUACCCAUGAUUUUCUCCUUCUGGGUUGCUGUAAAUCAAAUUCAGUUUUUCCUGAGGAAUAGAGGGAUGUAACCAAGGUAUUAUUUGAUGGAUGCUAACAGUCUACUGCCCAUGCUUUUUAUUUCAGUUUCCUUUUUUUAUA